AUGGCAGGCGGAGACCUUGGAAACCACCCCCAUACUGUACCGGAGGUUCAACCCGUCGUCGACGAGAAGCACCCCUCCAACGCGCCAGGCACAGCAACACCUGAGAAGGAGGUCUACCGUGACGCCGAGGACGAAAGCCUGAGUGGUGAAAUCCCUACCGCAGAGGAGAAGAAGACACUUCGCCAUGUCGGCGAGCCUUUGCCUUACGCUGCUUUCCUCGUCGCCAUUGUCGAAUUGUGCGAGCGUUUCACCUACUACGGUGCCUCAGGUCUUUUCCAGAACUAUAUCGCCAGGCCUCGGGAUGGAAGCGACGGUCGCGGUGCCCUUGGUAUGGGCCACCAAGGUGCCACUGGUCUUUCCACAUUCUUCCAGUUCUGGUGCUAUGUGACUCCCAUUCUCGGUGCCAUUAUCGCUGAUCAAUAUCUCGGCAAAUACAACACAAUCGUCAUCUUCUGCUUCAUCUACCUUGCCGGUCUCCUCAUUCUCACCUGCACAUCCAUCCCAUCUGCAUUGAGCCAUGGAGCUGGACUUGGCGGAUUCGUCGUUUCCAUCAUUAUUAUUGGAUUGGGAACUGGAGGUAUCAAGUCGAACGUUGCGCCCCUUAUUGCCGAUCAAUACAAGCGUCGCCAGAUGGUCAUUAGUACCGAUGCAAAGACCGGAGAGCGCGUCAUUCUCGACCCAGCCAUCACCAUCCAGCGUAUUUACAUGAUCUUCUACUUCUGUAUCAACGUUGGUUCGUUGUCGCUCCUCGCCACUCCCUACAUGGAACGCGAUGUCGACUUUUGGUCUGCCUUCUUGCUUUGCACUUGCGUCUUCCUCGUCGGUACUCUCGUUUUGGUCUUCGGAAGGAAGAUCUACAUCGUUCGACCUCCUCAGGGAUCCGUCAUUACGAAUGCCUUCCGUGUGAUCUGGAUGAUGAUCACCAACCGCAACAGGGAUGGAGCCAAACCUUCCUACCAGGCAGCUCUUGGAAAGAACGCCAACCUCGCUUGGGACGACCACUUUGUCGAGGAGGUCAAGCGUGCCCUCAUCGGUUGCCAGGUUUUCUGCUUCUACCCAAUUUACUGGGUUGUCUACGGCCAAUUCUCCAACAACUUCGUCACACAGGCAGGUCAGAUGGAGGGCCACGGAAUCCCCAAUGACUUGAUGCAGAACUUCGACCCUAUCGCCAUUAUCGUCUUCCUCCCUCUCAUGGAUCGCUUCUUCUACCCCUUCCUGCGAAAGAUGAACAUCAACUUCCCGCCCAUCAACCGUAUUGUGGUUGGCUUCUGGAUUGCUUCCUUGGCCAUGGCGUACGCUGCCAUCAUCCAGUACUACAUCUACAAGGCCGGACCUUGUUAUGAACACCCUCUCUGCGAUGCCAGCAUCGUCGAUGGCGUCGCCCAAGGAAACAAGAUCCAUAUUGCCGCCCAGACCGGUGCCUACAUGCUCAUCGGUAUCUCCGAAAUCUUUGCUUCCGUCACUGGUUUGGAGUAUGCCUACACCAAGGCUCCCCCAAGCAUGAAGUCAUUCGUUCAGUCCAUGUACCUCCUCACCAACGCUUUCGGAUCUGCCAUCUCCGAGGCCUUGAACCCUGUUCUCUACGACCCUGCCAUUCAAUGGAUGUUUGUCGGUUUGGCCGUCAGCAGUUUCAUCGCCGGUUGCUUGAUGUGGAUCAUCUUCCACCACUUGAACGAGACCGAGGACGAGAUGAACGCCUUGGACAAGGACUACGAUGACCCGUCGCUCCAUAAGGGCGUGCAGGGAAAGGAGAGCAUUGAUGCUUAA